CUGGACACUGAGCCGUAUGCAUAUCAUAUUUCGAUCGGUUUUGAUUUGCCCAGGAUGCUGCAUGAGCGGACCGUUUUCCGUGCCAAAAAGUCCACUCACACAUCUUGCAGUGCAUCCAACAUCGAGAAGGCUGGCGAGCUGGGCUACGAAUGGCUACACGUACUCUGGUAGGGGAGGGGGAAGCCUCGCUGCUCCCAAGCCGGGCACCACCCACGUCCACGCCAAGAUGGGACCGGUGGGUGUGAACACAAUGUGUGUGGCGUCAGAGUUGUUUACUGUACGGCUUGCUUGAGCUGUCAAAGAUCCAAUUGACUUAUUUGCUGAUGGCGUGGACGGUCCUGGACGAACCACCUUGCCCAAGCUGGUCCAAUUGGACAACGGAACGUGGAUGGAUGGAUGCACGACAUAGAGUUUGUAGAGCUCCAAGGGCUCCUUUGAGAAGGAAGUUGAGCUACGGAAACGCGCGAGCUACUCAGUAUUCGUGAAGCGAAAAAUAAUCAGCAACACCGUCGAUGCAAGAGAAAGCUCGGAAUGAUUCUAGGACAUGC